AUGGCAUCAUCGCUGUUUAUACAUCUCGAUGGCCAGCCCAUACAAGACUGCGAAACCAUAGGAUAUGGAGGAUCGGGUGUUGUGAUCCGCCGGCACGGACUGGCUAGCAAGAUACCUCUCCGCCAUCCGUGGACCGACGAGUACGACGUCGAGUUGAACCUGGAAGUAAUCCAGCGAGAGCAAGAUGUAUACCGCCGAUUAGCAUCCACUGAAAAUGAGCAAAUCGAGGGCGUAGUGCCCUGCGUUGACCUCCUCCCCAAUGCCACCCAUCUCGCCUUGAUGGAACAUGGAGAUUUACGAACCUACCUGGAGAAGAAUGAAAGACCAUCCCGCGCACUACAACUAUCAUGGUUUCGGCAGAUGGCCCAAACACUCGGGCGAAUCCAUGAUCGACGCGUGAUUGUGGCAGAUAUAGCCACGCGCAAUAUCCUGCUUGACUCCGACUUUUCUAUCAAACUGUGCGACUUUAGCGAAGCUUCUAUUCUGCCACUUGAAACCGUUAUGGAAGAAGCAGAUGAUAAUGGGUAUUCCAUCCAGACGGAUAUCGGGCAGCUGGGGACAGUUAUCUAUGAAGCCACCACGGGAUCAAGUUGUGCAUUUGACCUGUUUAAAGAUAAUGCCCCAGAUGAUGGUCGAGCGAGGUGGCCACGACGGGAUUCUCUUCCUAGCACGGAAGGUCUUUGGCUUGGAGAGAUUAUAGAGAAGUGUUGGACGGAGGGGGGAUUCGGCAAUGCGCAUUUCCUGUCUAAAGCCUUGGAUUGUGUUGAUUUGGAUCAGCCAGAAAAGAAUGCACGAGGAUAUUCUAUCAGGGAAAGGCUUACUGUGGCGGCCAUCGUUCUCGGCACUUUGGCAAUCGUUGGGGCUUGGGCCAAGAGACGAUAGGAUUGAUAUUCUUCCAUUCAUGAUACCCAUCUUCUAAUGUAUAAAUAUUUCGUCAUCUAGGCUUAUAUCCCUGCUUGUGUCUUCGGAUGGAUAGAAAUAAAUUAAUUGACGUGGUGUAGCCACUGACAUCAUGCUUCACCACGACUAUAUAGAUCGAGACAAUUCCAUCCCAUUGAUUUGAC